AUGUUAACGAUUAAUAAUACUAGAAAAAAUUCUUUGAUUCAUUCACCCGGUGGGGAAGCUCUUCGACUUCUUGUUAAUGGUCCUAUUGACGCCGGUGUUAAUAAUACUGUUGCUCAGGCUACUUUUAAUGAAAAAAAGUGGGUCUGGGUUGAGGAUAAAAAAGCGGGUUAUGUCGCAGGUUACAUAACUAAGGAUAUGGGGGAACAAGUGGAAGUCCGCUUGAAUAAUGAUUCGACACGAAUAGUUAAUAUUAACGAAACUGAUAAAAUGAAUCCACCUAAAUUUGAUAAGGUGGAAGAUAUGGCUGAUCUAACGUAUCUAAAUGAGGCAUCGACGUAUUCCGGCCUCUUUUUGGUCGCUGUUAAUCCUUAUCAAAAUUUUCCGAUUUACACCGAUGAAAUAAUUCGAUAUUACAAGAACAGGCGGCAUCAUGAAAUGCCUCCUCAUAUAUAUGCUAUCGCGGAUUCCGCGUAUCAUGAAAUGUUACAAGAACGUCGAAAUCAUGGUGAAUCCGGUGCUGGAAAAACGGAAAAUACGAAAAGGGUUAUACAAUACAUCGCCGCGAUUGCUGGUGAUAGUUCUAAUACGAAAAUACUUGGUAAACUCGAGUCACAAAUUCUUCAAACAAAUCCUAUACUUGAAGCUUUUGGAAAUGCAUUAACUAUUCGGAAUAAUAAUUCUUCACGAUUUGGAAAAUUCAUUCGUAUUGAAUUUAAUUUAUCUGGCCAAAUCGUGGGUGCUAAUAUUGAACGCUAUCUGUUUGAAAAAUCCCGUGUAACUUACCAAACAUCGGAAGAACGUAAUUUUCAUAUCUUUUAUCAAUUAUUAAGAGGUGCUUCGCCUCAAAUCAAAAGUAAAUUACUUUUGAAUGGAUCUUUGAAUGAUUACAGAUUCACCAAAAACUCAUUAAAAGACAUUGAAGGCGUCAAUGAUUCCAUAGAAUACCAAGCUCUUGUCGUGAAAGAUGAACAAAUUGAUCUAUUUCGCGUGAUUGCUGCGGUUUUACAUCUCGGCAAUAUUGAAAUAGCUUCAAGUAGAAAUGAUCAAGCUCAAAUUUAUGAAACUUCUAUUUGUGAAAAUGUUUGUAAUUUAUUGGGUAUACCUGUCGCAGAAUUUAUAAAAGGACUUCUUAAUCCUCAAGUUAAAGCUGGUAGAGAAUGGGUUAUUCAAGCAAGAACUAAGGAGCAAGUUCUUUAUUCUAUUGAAGCACUUGCUAAAUCAUUAUAUGAACGAAGUUUUUUCGCUUUAGUUGAUCGAAUCAAUAAGGCUAUAUACAGACCUAAUAAUAAAUCAUUUUUCAUUGGUGUUUUGGAUAUUGCCGGAUUUGAAAUUUUCAAAGUUAAUAGUUUUGAACAAUUUUGUAUAAAUUAUACAAAUGAAAAACUUCAACAAUUCUUUAAUCAUCAUAUGUUUGUCUUGGAGCAAGAAGAAUAUAAACUUGAAGGUAUCGAAUGGAAGUUCAUUGAUUUUGGCUUGGAUUUACAGCCAACAAUUGAUUUAAUAGAUAAAGCCAACCCCAUUGGUAUUCUAUCUUGUCUUGAUGAAGAAUGUGUAAUGCCUAAAGCUACUGAUAAAACAUUUGUCGAGAAAUUACAUAGCUUUUGGAAAGAUAAAUCUUCAAAAUAUCAAGUUCCUCGUUUUCAAGAAGGUUUCAUUUUACAACAUUAUGCCGCCAAAGUAGAGUACAAAACUUCAGGAUGGCUUGAUAAAAAUAAAGAUCCUCUUAAUGAAAAUAUUACUAAAUUAUUGGCUCGUUCUUCUAAUCAAUAUAUUUCUUCACUUUUUUCUGAUUAUCUUGGAGAUAUAACCGAUAAUGAUAAAAAGAAUAGAGUUAAACGUGGUGUUUUCAGAACAGUUGGUCGUCAUCAUAAAGAACAAUUACAUUCUUUAAUGCAACAACUUUAUUCAACACAUCCUCAUUUUGUACGUUGUAUCGUUCCUAAUGAAGAAAAAUGUCCUGGAAAAAUUGAUGUUCCUCUAGUUCUUGAUCAAUUACGUUGUAAUGGUGUUUUAGAAGGAAUUCGUAUAUGUCGUGCUGGUUUCCCAAAUAGAUUAUCUUUUGAUGAAUUUCGUCGUAGAUAUGAAAUUUUAACUUCUGGAAUUCUUCCUAAAGGACCCAUAAGUAGUAGAGAUGCUGCAGAGAAACUUUUGGAUGCUUUUAAAUUGGACAAUUCUCAAUAUCGUAUAGGGUCAAGUAAAAUUUUCUUUCGUUCUGGUGUGCUUUUUCAACUAUUUACCGAUUUUCAAGCACACUGUAGGGGUUGGCUUGCGAGAAAAGAACAUGUAAAACGUAACGAAAGACUUCAUGCUGCUCUUGUUAUUCAAAAAAAUAUUAGAGCAAUUAAUGCAUUAAAAGCGAACCCUUGGUGGAAACUUUUUUUGAAAGUCAGGCCAACAUUAAAUUGUACUAAAGUUGAAGAAUUACAACGACAAAUACGACUUAGGGAUGAUAAAAUACGUGAAUUAGAAGAAAAAUUACUUCAAGAAUAUGAAGCAAAGAAAAAAUUGGAAACUUUAAAUUCUCGGCUUGAAAAUGAAAAAACAGAUCUUGAAGAAUUAUUACAAAAUGAACGUUCUUUGGUCAUUGAUAAAGAAGAAAUUUUGAAACAAACACGUCAAAGAGAGGUAGAUCUUGAAGAUGAAGUUAAAGAAUUAAAUGAUGAACUUAAUGAACUUGCAGGAAAAUGUUUGUAG